AUCCUAGGCAUGUUUGGAGACCCAGAAGGGGAUGAAAGUAGUUAACGUGCAACAGGAAUCUUCACUUCAGGCACUAACCUGUACCUCUGCACUGACCUUGCUGAUAUGCUGCAAGCUAAAUAUUAGACAAUUUUUUCAUCAAAUUAAGUCCAGCCUGAGGAGAAGAAAUGGGUAAAGAAAUGUCUCAAGUAUACUUGCAUCCAUCUAAUCAGACGUUGUGUGCAGCUACAAAUGGUACAGAACUGAAAUCAAUCCUUGAUAAUGAAACAACAAAUGAAAAAUGGACCGAAGACUCCUUUCCAGGAUUAGAAAUACUGUGCACAAUUUAUGUUACAUAUGCUGUGAUCAUUUCAGUGGGUCUCCUUGGAAAUGCUAUACUCAUCAAAGUCUUUUUCAAGAUUAAAUCAAUGCAAACGGUUCCAAACAUCUUCAUCACCAGCUUGGCAUUUGGAGACCUGCUGCUUUUAUUAACUUGCGUGCCUGUAGAUGCAACACGGUACAUUGUGGAUACCUGGAUCUUCGGAAGGAUUGGGUGCAAGCUGCUGUCUUUCAUCCAGUUAACAUCAGUUGGAGUAUCAGUGUUCACACUGACUGUUCUCAGUGCUGACAGGUACAGAGCCAUUGUUAAGCCCCUGGAGCUGCAGACCUCGGACGCACUCCUGAAGACCUGCUGUAAAGCUGGCUGUGUCUGGAUUGUCUCCAUGGUAUUUGCUAUCCCCGAGGCUGUUUUUUCAGAUUUGUAUUCGUUCAGCAAUCCUGAGAAAAAUGUAACUUUUGAGGCAUGUGCUCCCUAUCCUGUAUCUGAGAAGAUACUGCAGGAAGUGCACUCCUUGGUUUGCUUCCUCGUGUUCUACAUUGUGCCAUUGGCUGUUAUUUCUGUCUAUUAUUUUCUUAUCGCCAGAACUUUAUACAAAAGUACAUUCAACAUGCCAGCAGAAGAACACGGUCAUGCCCGUAAGCAGAUUGAAUCCCGCAAGAGAGUUGCAAAAACAGUGCUGGUGCUUGUUGCUUUGUUUGCCUUUUGCUGGUUGCCCAACCACAUCCUCUACCUAUACCGCUCUUUUACAUACCAUACUUCUGUAGAUGCUUCUACCUUUCAUCUGAUAGUUACUAUUUUUUCCCGUGCCUUGGCCUUCAGCAAUUCCUGUGUCAAUCCUUUUGCUCUUUAUUGGCUGAGUAAAAGUUUCCGCCAACAUUUUAAGAAGCAAGUCUCGUGCUGCAAGGCCAAGCUUUGCACAAAGCCUCCCAGCGCUCCCCACAGCAAUUCACCCCCCAGAGCUCUGUCAGUCACAGGCAGCACACACGGCUCAGAAAUCAGCGUUACGCUGCUCACAGAUUACAGCAUCACCAAAGAAGAGGAAAGUGUUUAGUUUGCUUGUGAUGAAGAAGGACAGAAACUGAGCGUUUGCAGUCAAGUCACUACUGCCUGCAUCAUGGAAGGAGGUGCAAUGUCUUGCUGAGCCUCUGAAAGGAUUUUCAUCAGGAGUUCCUAAGUUUUUUAGAAUAUACAACAAAGAAAGCAAAGUGUAUGUGAGAAGAAGCUAAAGCAACUGAAAUUUUCAGUGUAAGCUCAAAGGAAUUGCUCACGUGCCCAAGCAUGAACGUGCACCCUUGGCUGAGGUUCGUGUGCUAAGCAGAACAGGAGACAGCAAAGUUGCUGUGAGAAUUGGCCAUGGGGAUUGCUUUGUUCUCAGUGAUUUGUUCUUUCACUUGUGACUGGAAGCUCCCUUCUGUCAAGUACCUGCAUCUAGAGCAUGCAAGCAAAACCAUGCAUACUGAUCAAACCGUCAGCUUGGGAGGUGUUUGGUUUAUUUCCUUUCUUGUCCCAAAUGUUGAAAAUUGAUACAUGUAUUGGGAAAUAAGCUAAAAUGAGAGAAAGGUAAAGCUUGUAGGAUGGUGUAAUAAAAGGAAAAGGCAUUAUUGCCAGAUCCACAUUGCCCUUUGUUCCACCAGUGACUUUGAAAUUCUGGGUAGGAACCGACUGCAGUGAAAGGGAUGCUCUCUCUACAUCCUAAUGAACCAGCAGGUCAUUGUCUGUCCUGGUCAGCAGUAAUAAUCUUCAGCCACAUUUGUAAAAUUGCUUUUGAUCCACGGAUAAACGCAUCAACAAGAGCAGUGUUCUUCACUGCUGCAGGGAUUUUACAUGAAGAGUUGCAGUUUGGAUUUGCAGUGCACUUCCAAAGCAAACUGCUCAGACAUCCCCGCCUGCCUUACUUUGCUCUGUCACCCAGAGCAGCCCUGGGUGCACAACUUGGAUUUCUUUCAGAGGAAACUGUUCAGUCCACGGGACCAGACUGGAGCUGACAGCCUCUAGAAGCAUAGUGCAUGAGUGCCAAGAUAACCACAUCCCUCUACUCACCCUCCUCUACUGCAGUGUAUUGCUUGGUCAUGUGUCCAUUUCAAAAUCACCUGCACAUUUCUAAGCAUGCUGGGAGGGCUGGAUUUUUCCAUUGUACUAGUUUUUAUGAGAUUAGCCUUCUCAACUCACACCCACUCAUUCUGAUAACACAAGUCAGUGAUAGCCUAUCACGGGCAUCCUCUAUAUCCCUAAAAAGCUCAGCAGCUUGUCAGGAAAUAACAGGAAGCAAAUCUUCCGACCCCACCUUGCAAAAGUGUUGAAUGACACUUGUUUUUAUUAAGCUGUGUACCCUGAACUGAAAUUUUGUUCUGUGGGAGUUGGUGAUUAAAAAAACCACAAUGGAUUUUCCACUGCAUAAAGUAAAGGACUUCUAUCUCAAAAAAACAACGCGUGCGUUACAUUAUUGAAGAGAGGUUGCAGUGUAUGAAUCACACAAAACGGUGCUCUUGGUCACAGAAGUUUAAAUUGGAUGUCCUAUUUGACAGGCUACCUAACCUCUGAAGGACAAUGCUCCUCCAGCUGUACACAGCCCUUUACACGGAUGGAAAUCCAUCCAUCCACGCAUGUCAUUUGAGCUCGUGAUAUGAUGCAGAAAAUCUCUUUGCAGUCUCUCUCUUCUGACUGCCCUCGUCAGAAUAAUAAAACCAAACUGGAAAUCCCAAAGGCAUUGGAAUACAAUCUCUGUAGUCAUCUUAAACUAGUUUACUGAUAGCCCACUUUAAUGCUAUCAAGCCUGGCUGUGUAUUACUACUCUCUUCACAUCACUUGCUGCAAGGCGAUAAGCGCUAUUUAUUCAAACGGUGUCUCCAUUUUCUUGUAUCAGUUGUACACCACAAUAGGACCUGCACUAAAUGGAAACAUAACAGCACAGAAAUGCAAUCUGUGGCAAAGUGGACUCCAGAGACCUUAUUUUCACUCUUUGUCUUAACAAAACACAUUCCUUGGUACUGAGCUACAUACAAGGACGUACAUAUUGCAUUGCUAUUUUCCCAUUCUCAUUCUAUUUACUGGAACUGCACAAUGAGAUAGAGAUGGGUAAAUAAGCCUACGCAUUUGAGACCCUCCUUUUCUCUUCCUAGAUCUUAUUACAGAGAAUUCUAAAUAAAACAAAGAUCAACAAACAUUGCACUUCCUUACACCACUCUUGAUUCUAGCUUAUUGAAGCCCUUGGAAAAUAAUCUGCUACAUGUUUCUGGACUUCACAGUUUGUCUCCAUCCAAGGGCAUAUUUCCCACUGCAAAGUCCUCCUUGCUAUAAAGAAACUCCUUGCUAUACAGAAGGCCUUAAAAAUCACUGUUUCCUAAUUCACCACUUUCUUUGCUUUGCAUGCAGAUACUUUUUGCUUGCGUAACGACUCCUCCAGCUGGAUGGUCUAUCUAUUGCUCAUAUGUUGUACUAGAAAACUUGAUGUUUUUACUAUAUGCUGCACAUAUUUCAAGCCAUAAUUUAAAUACUCCAUGUACCUUAUGCUUUAAUAAUUCUAUAUUUUCAAAUCUUCAUGAGAUGUUGAAUUACGGUGACAUAUUGGACAAUAUUUAUUUUUAUCUGAACGAUCUGAUGUUACUCAUUGAAUCUAUUUAUCCAAUAUAACUAUCCAUAAAAUGUCUCUGUGUUACCAUAACUGGAUUCAGGGGGAAGGAUUGCUUCUUUCGGUGUAUUUUCUCAGUGCUGAAAAACAGCCCUCUCAGCCCUAAGUAGUACAGGUGUAAUUCUACAAAUGGAUACGGGAAGGAUGUCUAUUUACAGAAACAUUCAAUGUCACUUAGCAAAGAACUGGCAUGAAGAACUACAAUUUUACUAUUUAUACCCACAAUGAAAUAAUAAUAAGAAGAAGGGUACAAAGUACAGAAAGGCAAGACUCUGUGAAAGGACUUGUUCAUAUGGAGUCUUACUGGGUAAGUAAAUGCUAUUUUUAGGGUUUGCCUUCUUGCAGUUUGUUUUAUAUGUACACAUUGCCAGACUUGAGAUUCAGUUGUAACAAAUAAUGUUUUUGUUAGCAACAGGUUAAGUAUGAGUGCUCUAAUGUGUGCUUCCAAUAUAGGAUAUUGGAUUGGUUUCAGAAGGAUACUUUCCACCAAAAAAAAAAAAAAAAGAACAAAAGAAUGUCAAAGCAUGGAUACUAUAAAACAGAGUGCAUCUCCAGCAAAUGGCACUGACUGUUAAAGUCACUUUGUGAAACUAUAACCACCUUUAUAGCUCGCCCUCUUGUUUCCAUAGAAAGCAUCAUUUCGUUUUACACAGUUAAAUAUGGACUGCCUAGUGAUGGUCAUGUGUUUCUGCUAAGAAUACUGCAAUUAAAGAAGAAGCUAAAUUUACUCACAGCUACAGGACUUGUACAUUUCAAUCAAGGGUACUUAGAAUUAAAAAAAAAAAAAAAAAGGUACAGGCUCUAAUUGGUAUUGAGUUAUGGCUUCUGCCACGGCUGGUCCUCUCAGUGUAAGGUCAACUAUUCUAAGGAAUUUCUAUUGUCAACAUAGGAGGGAAUGUUUAAUUCCCAGCACAUCUAGAUCCAGUUUUCGCAGUCAAUCUCACUAGCCUGUGUGUGAGAGCUGCAGGGCUCAGCCCCAGGGAAAGCACACAGGAGUAACCUCUCUGUAAUGAAUCAGUAUUUAAUGACUCCCUGACACGACAUAGCAAAGCGUCUUCUUAGGAAAUGAAGUGUUACAUGUUUACUUAUCAGCUAGUGAAUUGCUGGUUCUGCUUUAAUAAAUAUCAAAAUGCUUUAUGAAGCCAAUAUUUUGGUACUUUUAGUAGGUGGCAUCUCUGGAACAACAUUCAGUUCUGAUGAAUCAAGAUUUCCUUUUAUCACUUGGAAAAGUCAAACACAGAUACAAGAUCAUAAUUAGAUUACAUGCUAAUGUCUCCUUUUACUGUUUGCUUUGAGAUAUUUUGUCAUUUAAAAUGUCAUUUCCUGACAUUCCAUCCCCAGAACCUGCAGCUCAUCUUUCCCCUGCUGCAGCAGCUGUGCUUGUGCAGCCAUGAAUUCAAUUAUUCCAAGAGUGUGAUUGAGGCAAAAGCUGUCUUGAUUUACAUAUAUAAAAAAAGAAAAAUUACUGGUUUUCAGCUGAAUUAGCCCCCUGAGCUGGCUCACUGUGCAGUUGUUACUUAAGAUGAAGAGAACAGAUGGCGGUGACAAGGUAAGAAGCUACUGGAUGUCAGCUGUUCUGCAGUAGCUGCCUUCAUGCAUGGUGUUCUCUGUGGGAAGUGCAAAGGAAUCUGAGGUAGUUCGUCCUCACCUCUGCAGCAGAAAUAUACAGACUACACUUACCAGGCAGGAACUGAUGUUUGGUAGCUGGAUAACCCUGCUACAAGCAACCAUGCUCUUACUUCUAGCAAUCUGUGGGGAUUAAGUUCGGAUGUCCCACUCCCCAGAAUAGUGCUCAGAUGACUUGUUUUAGGCAGAGCUACAGUGAAAGUGCUCUCCAGUCCUCCCACCACAGCUAUGCCAAUCUGUAAAAUAUCUCUUGCACAGCAAAAGAAGGAAUUUGAAUUUUUAAGUUUACCAUUAAGCACUCAACCAGGAAAAAAAAAAAGAGCUUAUAUACUAGCACUCCAGCUCUUUGGUCCAAGGACAUCGGAUCCAGAGUUUGUUAAAGUAAAAUGCAAAACACUUGGGAAAUCUGUAACACGUGGACACAGAGUUCACUACAUUUACCCAGUCUGUAAAUGUGAAAAACUCUGCAAAUAUCAGAUUAGUGGUCUAAGACUUAAAUUGUAGAGCUCUUAGAGCAUUCAAGGCUGUAAUUAUCAUACAUCCAAAUAUAUAUCCAAUUCAAACCUUGCAAAUAAAUACUUAAGCCUAUU